AUGACUGCGCCGUCCAAGACCGUUUGCCUGCGAGCUUUCAACAAGGACCUGGAUGGAACUAACCCGUGGGAGAGGCAAGGACCCACGCCGCCGCCGUUGCCCAAAAGGAUCGCCUGGCCUGGCGGCAAGAUCGUAUCGAACAAGGAUGAGGCACUAGCCAACUUCCUGAGGCGGAAGGUAGACCAAGGCCAGACACUCACUCCCGAACAGAUGGCCAUGCUUAGGAGGAUGGCGUACCCGAACACGUCGGUAUCGGUACCGCCAGGCGGGUCCGGUGUUGGUGGCACCACGACGGCUGCGGCUAGAGGCAAGAGAAAAGUACGUGGAGUCGGCCACGUGUACGAGAACAGCGGCGGUGGCGGUGGCGGAAGUGUUUACGCUCGAAACCUGCUGCACAAGCUAGGGCGCAAGAUCAUCACGUACAUCUAG